CCCCCGCAUUAUAUUGUCAGCAAACAAUUGUACCUUUAUUCAUCCAUUUCAACAUGGUGGUGGCCUAUCUUCUAUGCACUCCGACCGGCCAUCUCAAUGCCCAAACCAGGAUUCUUCUGUGCAAUUCAAUUCAUAUGAAUAGAAUUUCUCUGUCCACUGCAAAUGGGUCUGGAAUCUUUGUUCGUCCUCAAUUUACGCAUCUCCGCUCUUUACGGGUUUCGAGUGGCGGCGGAGGUGGUGGUGCGUCUGGAGGUUCCGGCGAUGGAAGCUCUGGCGGUGGAGGUGGCGGUGAGGAUGAUGGGAGUGACUGGUCACUGCUUUCAUGGUAUUUGUCUCUUCUUGCCAAAUAUCCUGUGAUGACAAAGGCUGUUACCUCGGCCCUUCUAACCUUUGUUGGUGACGUCAUUUGUCAGCUUGUGAUUGAUAAAGUACCAUCUCCAGACUUGAAGCGGACAUUUAUUUUCACACUGUUGGGGCUCGUUUUGGUGGGUCCCACGUUGCACUUCUGGUAUCUAUAUUUGAGUAAACUGAUUGCUGCACCCGGAGCUUCCGGCGCUGCCUUUCGGCUUGUGCUUGAUCAGUUUCUUUUUUCUCCCAUUUUUAUUGGAGUGUUCCUAUCUACAUUAGUGACACUUGAGGGAAGGCCGUCGGAUGUGAUCCCAAAGCUAAAACAGGAGUGGUUCUCGUCGGUUCUUGCAAAUUGGCAGCUCUGGAUACCUUUCCAGUUCCUCAAUUUCCGAUUUGUACCUCAACAAUUUCAGGUACUUGCUGCAAAUUCAAUUGCGUUAAUAUGGAAUGUGAUUCUUUCGUAUAAAGCUCACAAACAAGUUAUUGCGAAAUAGGAUGGAGGCUCGUUUCUUAAUGACGUCGAUUUUGGUAGCUUAAUUCACUGUGAUGCAACAGUAGAUUUCCUUUAAUUAAUUAUUGUCUGAUGCAAAUUAAUUUGUCUCUCUAUCUUUUUUUUUGGGGGUCU